GAUCUAGAUGGACCAGAUUUAAUUCAAGUGCUCAAUGGUUUGUAUCCUCACGAUAUUGGGCAUUAUUUAGGAAUGGACGUACAUGACACGCCCCUUCUGUCUCAUAACGUGGUUCUUCAGCCUGGUAUGGUAAUUACUGUAGAACCAGGUGUCUAUGUUAGGAGAGACUUUCCCAUUCAAAACCACAUCAAAGCUAAAGAGUUUCUUGGAGCUGUUGUAAGAAUUGAAGAUGAUGUCCUCAUUACUUCUGAUGGACCUCAAGUACUGAACAAAGGGACACCUCAAACUGUUGAGGAAAUAAGUGAACUAAUUAAUUAA